UUUCUCAACCAUUCUUAAAUCAACCCGUAUUUAUACAAUCCCAUAUUCCACAAAACCAUCUUUCCCCUUCAUUCAAACUAUCAUAACAACCAAUGAAUACUUUAACAAACUUUCUACUCAUUUUCACCCUUCUCAAUCUCCACCUUCCCCCCAAUGCCGCUUGGAGCAUUGGAGCGAAUUAUGGGACGUUGGCGGAUAAUCUUCCGCCACCGUCCCAGGUCGCGGAAUUUUUAAGAACCAAAACCUCAAUCGAUAAAAUAAAACUUUUCGAUGCGAAUCCGGACAUUGUCCGGGCAUUCGCAAACUCGGGUAUAUCCGUCACAAUUACUGUCCCUAAUGGGGAGAUUCCCAACCUUGUUCAACUCCCUGGUGCGCAACAAUGGGUUGCUGCUCAUAUAACACCUUUUGUUCCUCAAACUAAAAUUAUUAGAGUUCUUGUUGGUAAUGAAGUUCUUCAUUGGGGCCCACAAAACCUUAUUGAUAAUCUUGUUGCUGCCAUGAGAACUCUUCACCAAGCUCUACAGCAAGCUGGUCAUAGAAACAUUCAGGUUUCAAGUCCACAUUCAUUGGGAAUCCUAGAAAGAUCAGUACCCCCAAGCACGGGUCGAUUUCGACCCGGAUGGGAUGUAGGAGUCUUAGCUCCAAUGCUCCAAUUCCAUCGCGAAACCAAAUCCCCAUUCGUGAUUAACCCAUACCCAUAUUUCAGUGUCGACCCAAAAAGCGUCAAUUUCUGUCUCUUUAAGAGGAAUAGAGGAAGGCUUGAUAGAUGGACCAAGAAAAUGUACUACAACAUGUUUGAGUAUCUUAUGGAUGCUACCUUUUCUGCUAUGAAGCGUUUGGGCUACCCGGAUGUUGAUAUUGUGAUUGGUGAAACGGGCUGGCCCACGGUUGGUGAGCCCUUUCAGACUUGGGUCAGCCCGGCUGAUGCCCAAACCUUUAAUUCAAGGUUGGUUGCUGCUGUUAACUCAGGUAAAGGGACACCUUUAAUGCCUGGUAGAAAGUUCGAGACUUACAUUUUUUCUUUGUUUACUGAAAAUCUGAAGCCCGGCCCUGUUGCUGAGAGGAAUUUCGGGUUGUUUAGGCCCGAUUUUUCUCCUGUUUAUGACAUUGGCAUUUUGAGGAAUGGACCUAGGCCUCAGCCGCUUCCUGCAGGGGGCCCAAGUCGAGGUCGUGGGCAACCCAAGCCCGCAACCCCAGCCCUACCUGGCCCAGCAAAAGGAUGGUGUGUGCCAAAACCACAAGCUACAGAUGCCCAAUUGCAGGCUAACAUAAAUUAUGUCUGCAGCCAAGGAGUUGAUUGUAAGCCAAUUCAACCAGGUGGUGCAUGUUUUAACCCGAACAAUGUUCGAUCUCAUGCUACUUACGCCAUGAACGCAUUUUACCAAACCAAGGGUCGCCAACCCUUUCAAUGUGACUUUUCUCAAACUGCUGUUAUCUCCAACAAUAACCCAAGCUAUGGUACAUGUAGAAUGUAGAUAUUUACCUUAUUAGUAUCUCUGUGGAGCCGGUUCCUAAAAUGAAGGCGAAAUUGAAGUCAGGGGAUAAAGAGCAAGAAUAGCCUUCAACAAGAUUAUUUAUUUAUUCACUACUUGUUGACAAAAUAAUUAUAUGUACUCUACCACUCUUCUUGUUGAUGGUCACUACUAACUAUUUAACAUAAUGGAGUUGUCCUUUAGGCUGUGUAAAUUAAGACAAAGUAGUAGAAUUAUGAUGGAGAUUAAUUGAUUAGAUGUUAUAUUUUGCCAAAAGAUCCUUACUACUAUGUCCAUUUCCGUUGGGAAGAAUUUAGACUUGAAUCUGG